UGACGUCGCCGGUGGCCGCGGUCCCUGCCCCUGCCCUGGCAGGCGCUGAUGCAAGCGCAGCCUCGUGCCUGCAGGCAGGCUGUCCCCGGGGAGCUGGCGCGGCGCUCUCUCCGUCUUGCUCCCUUCCGGCCACCCCCGCCCGGCUUUCCCUGUGAGAAGUCAGCAGCUCCUGGGUGGUUUCCCACCGAAAGGCCCAGCGCGGGGUGUGAGGGGAGGGGCUCAAGUGUCUUUGCCCAAACCCGUUCUUCUCCCCGGCUCCUCCCAGACUGGGUGUGGGAGAAUCCCAGCAUCUCAACCUGGCCGCGUGUCCGGGUCACUAGGAAGGGCUCUCGGGGCCUCCAGCCGCUCCCUGGGGACGGCCUGGGUGGCCUGAGAUGCCUGGUGCCGGCGGUGCCGAGGAAAACGUCCGGAUCACUAGGGAACCUUGUGUCUGGGUGGGGAGCGGUGAAGGGCCUCUGGGGUGGAAGUGGUCCAGCUGAGGCUGGUCUCCAUCGCCUUCUGCUGGCAAACAAAGGAAGAAAGAAGACUGACAUUGUAAAACCUCUGCUUUUUGGGUUACAUUGCCAAACAAGGGAGAACAAACUCAGCAGCCUCCAGGAGCCAGAGUGGUCACACAAACAAGAGAGGCUGUGGAUUCUGGAGAAGAGGGCCGGGCUAUCCUGUCUGGCCAAAGCGGGCAGCCGUGACUCAACGAUUCAACUUUAACUUAUUGCCGCUGUGUUUGAUUGAAGAUAGAGUUGUUGACUCUUCCCAUUUUUUGAGAGAACCAUGAAACCAGGAUUAUAUGUAAAAUGUAUCCUGUU